CAUCCAAGACGUGUCCUGCAAAUGCGACGAGAUGAAAGCUAACGUCGGUUAUCUUUAUAAAAAUCCAGGACUCGCCGCCUCUCCGCUUCUUUAGCUGCCACUGGAGUUUCUUCCAGUUAAUGAAUGUGUACGCUAGUCCGGUAGAGAGAGGCCUGUGGUUGUGACAGAGACUUGAACUGCGGUGAAAAUGGAUUGAUCCAUGCUGCUGAAGAAGCCAGGACUGGUUUGAGGUGCGGAAGCUAGCGUUAGCCGGCUAGCCAUGGAGGGAGACGGAGGAGCUCGUGACUUUGUCUUGCUAGCCUCUGUUCCGUAAAAUGAGUUGAAAUUAGUUACCCACCGUCCAAACCUGUUCAUACCACGCAUGUAAUUGUACCGAAAGUGCGCCAGUGCGAUGCUGCGCACACGCCCUGAAAAUGUCAGCUGUCCUGCACACACCGCAGACACCCGGGAGGCUUCUCUUCCAUUUAACUGUGAAGCCAGAUUUUUCACCUUGUAGCCAAACGCACCAGCUCGACUGCUCCCUGAGGUACUAAGCUAAACACAGAUCACAGUAAAGAUUUAAAUGUAGGCUCUCUCGCUUAAGAUUUACAUGGUGUUAGAUUCUAUCAGCUGCCACUUUUAAAAGAUCCAGAUCAAACUUUGCGUAAGUUGCAGACGCCCUGCGGCCCAGUUAGACUACUAGCGGAUCCCUCCUCACUUGUAUGGGAAACGGUGCCGGCGGUGGCAGGACUGCUGCGGGUCAACGAUGGGAGGAUCGGUGUCUUGCUGCAUCUCUCCCGGAGAGAGUCCCAAGAUCCACAGGAGGGAGGUGGAGCUGGAGGAGUGUCCCAUCACCACCACCGAGGACGUGAGUGAAGACACUGGGACCUACCUGCAGCACAUCAGCGACAGGGAGCUCCCGGACGAACUGGCCCAAGAGGCCAACCCGUCAGACCACCCCAGAGCCAGCACCCUCUUCCUCAACAAGUCGCAGACUGACGUGCGCGAGAAAAGGAAAAGCAACUACAUGAAUCACCAGAUGUCCCCGGGCCUCCUGACAAAAAAGUACAGCUCCUGCUCAACAAUAUUCAUCGACGACAGCACGGUCAGCCAGCCCAACCUCAAGAGCACGAUCAAAUGCGUCGCUUUGGCCAUAUACUAUCACAUAAAAAACAGAGAUUCAAACCGCUCGCUGGACAUAUUCGACGAGAAGAAGCACCCUCUAUCGCGAGAAAAGGUCCCGGAUGACUACUCCGUGGUGGACCCCGAACACAAACUGAUCUACCGCUUCAUACGAACGCUGUUCAGCUCGGCGCAGCUCACGGCAGAGUGCGCCAUCGUCACUCUGGUGUACCUGGAGAGGCUGCUGACAUACGCUGAGAUGGACAUCUGUCCUUGCAACUGGAAGCGAAUUGUCCUCGGUGCCAUCUUGCUGGCCUCCAAAGUCUGGGAUGACCAGGCAGUGUGGAACGUGGACUACUGCCAGAUCCUCAAAGACAUCACAGUGGAGGACAUGAAUGAGAUGGAGCGUCACUUCCUGGAGCUGCUCCAGUUCAACAUCAACGUCCCAGCCAGCGUCUACGCCAAGUAUUACUUUGACCUGCGCUCGCUGGCCGACGACAACAACCUCAGCUUCCCUCUGGAGCCGCUGAGCAACAAGCGGGCCCAGAAGCUGGAGGCCAUCUCCAGGCUGUGCGAGGACAAGUACAAGGACCUGAGUAAAGCUGCUAUGAGGAGGUCUAUCAGUGCAGACAACCUGGUCGGCAUCAAGAACUCCCAGGCCGUGCUGUCUUAAGUCUGCGACAGCCAUCUCGGACCCGGGAGGGGGUGGAGCGGCGGGCUGUGACGCUACAUUGAAGAAAUCAGACAGCAUUUGCCAAGAGACAUUUCCAAAGUAGAUUAAAACCAGUAACUGAAAAGUUCCACUUAAAAUGUUAAAUGUCGACUUUGAGGAGGAACGAAAGACCAGAUGUUUACCAUACAGUAUCUCUAGAAUAUAAUGAAUCCAGUCUCUAUGUGGUCAUUACAAAGAACUUCAGCUAUCUGCCUUUACAGCAUGGUAAUUUGGUGAAAUAUUUUUGCAGAUUGUGACUUUUUUUUUUUUUUUUUUCCAAGUGCUGGAUGUGUAACUUUGGAAGGAAUCCGCAUGAAAAUGCUUCCUGAAGUCACACAACUUGAGGACCUCAUCAUUUCCCCCCCCCCCACUCUUUUGGGGAGUCAUUUCUCUGGCCUCGGCCCCCUCCUCUCCACCAGCUGUUGCCCCACUCCUUUAUUCACGUGAUGACAAACUGUCUUGAACUACCCUGUGGUGUAGUUCUGCACACGGACAAAGAGUAGACUUUGUUUUGCUUACUAUGUAGGCCCCUAUAGCUGUGAAAUGUACAAGACUUUAUUUAAUUCAAAUAAAUUUCAGUCGCUGUUGAAAGUCGAGGCUGCUUA